CAGCCUGAGACCUUUUUCUUUUCACAGAUCAUCUCUUAAUCUUUUCUUGUUUCAGAGAAACCUCUGCUCAAAGCUAUGAAGAAAUUUAAGAAAGUGCUACUGGCUGUUCCUAUUUUUGUAGUUCUCUGCCUUUAUUUUUUCCACCACUUCUGCUCUUUGCUGACCUGCUAUUCCAAGGAAGAAACCUCCUUGGAAUUUGAUCACUCAGCGCUCAUGAAAGCUCCUGGGAUUAUGUUUGUGGAGACCACUGACCGUGUGGAGCCCUCGCCACUUGCUGUUUGCUCAGUGGAGUCAGCCAGUCGGAGAAACCCUGACAAACAUGUUUAUUACUUCCUGAAAGGAUUCAGUGGAAACAUGUCACACUACCCACGCUCACAGUAUGAAGCUAUUCGAGUGCUCUCUUUAUUGAGAAAUGUCACUGUUUUCCCUCUGAGGCUGAGAGCACUAUUUCGUGAGACCCCGCUGAACUCCUGGUAUGAGCAGGUAAAUCCGUUUUGGGAGAAGUAUUGGAUACAUGUGCUCGCUGAUGCCUGUCGUCUAGCUCUGCUGUGGAAAUAUGGGGGCGUCUAUCUGGACACUGAUAUCAUCUCAUUAAAGCCCUUAGAAUUGCAAAACUUUCUCUGUGCUGAAGGAUAUCAGACGGCUAACAAUGCAGCACUGGGAUUUGAGAAGAACCAUGAAUUUAUCUGGGAAUGUAUGCAAGAUUACGUCAGGAACUAUGAGGGACGUACUUGGGGUUACCAGGGGCCGGCGCUGAUGAGCAGAGUCUUGAAGCGUUGGUGCCAGUCUGACGAUCUAGGCCAGUUUUUCAAUCUACAAUGCAAAGGUGUUUCCUAUCUUUCACCCAACUAUUUCUACCCCAUCUCCUACACACAUUGGGAAAGUUACUUCCAACGCUGGAAGAAGUCCAGUAUUGAGACAUUUUUCUCUGAGACGAUAGGGGCGCAUAUCUGGAAUUUUAAAAAUGUCGGGCAACAAAAGCAAGUUAUCACUGGUAGUGGAACGCUAAUAGAGUACUUCUUCUCUCAGCAUUGCCCUGUGACUUACAAAUUGCUAAUAAAACGAGUCAGUUGAAAUCUGGCAGUUUUAGGAAUUUAGCUUUUGGCUGACAAUGAAAAUACCCCUCCCUCUUCUCACCCCCCUCCCCAAUGCCCUAACUAUCAUAGGCACUCCCCAUUGGCAUGUGCUCCUUGUUCCUACCCACAUCUCUUUCUGACUUUAAGCCCCUAGCCUCUGUCUAAAUUUGUCAGGUAAUCUGUGGGAAGCCAAACGAAUGGCUUGCCAAGACCAUGGCAUGGGUUGGGCCGGAUAUUUCAUCAGCUGAAAGCAGAAGGAAAGUGUUUCCAACAUCUGCCUGUAGGCCCUUUCAAAAUGGCGGCAGCUACAUUGCUGAUAUGGGUGGGAACAUGAUUUGCCCUCUUGGAAGCCUCUGGUGUCUAAUGAGCACCAGGCCAGAUCAGUGAACUUUGAUCUUGCUGAGCAUUACCACAAUGGCCUUAUAUUGUCAAGCCUCAUUUAAGCAUGCACUUUAUUAAUAAAAGUGGAUUGACAAACUCAGUAUCAGUGUAUUGCAGCAGAGGCUGCACUGAGCUGAUUGAUUCAAUUUCAUGUAUUACUGAUUCUUCAAUGUCUAGGUUUGGCUAACAGUCUGUAUGUAACAGUGUUACUAUUCUCCCCUCCACAGAAUACAUAAGCUUCAGUAAAGUUCCA